AUGGAAAUAGCUUUGGACGUUGAGUCCUUCAUUCAAAAGCAUCAAAUACAAAGUCCAACAAUAAUUGGACACUCAAUGGGAGCUAAAACUGCCUUGACUGUCGCCCUUCACUCGCCAAACCUUGUUUCUAACAUUGUUGCUGUUGACAACUGUCCAAUUCAUUUACCUUUGGUUGCAGACUUCUCAAGGUAUUUGGAAGGUAUGAAAGAAAUAGACAAAAUGCAAGUCCGAACCCAUGUGGAAGCCGAGGAAAUUCUUCGACGCUAUGAACAGUCUGCAGCCGUACGAUCAUGGUUGCUAAGCAAUUUCGUGAAAAUGGAUAAUUCAUCUAGUCUGAAAUCCCGCGUACCUUUGGACAUCCUGAGUAACGCCAAGGGCCCCUUAGGAGACUUUCCAUACAGAAGUGGGGAAGCAGAAUUUCGACAGCCUGUCUUAUUCCUUCGCGCGCUUCAAAGUCAUUACUUCCCGCAAACUGCUUUCCCAAUCAUUGAAUCUUUUUUCCCUAAUUCAAAAAUCCUUGAGAUGAACUGCGGCCAUUGGAUAGUUCAGGAAAAGCCGGCCCAGUUUAGGAAAGGUUUGUUAACAAUGGAUUGCCCCAAAAGCCACGGCGGUGCUAAUCUAUUUCUUUAG